UAAUUAUAGCUCUUAAAGCAUGCAUGGAGUCUUCAGAUCUUAUAUGUAACAAUCUUAUAUGUAACACUAAUCCCUUAUUAGCUUCUUCUACUUCUAUUACUACUGAUAAUAAUGAUUAUUGUCAUUGUAUUAGACACACCGAUAUUGAGCCACUUGAUCUAUUUCCGGGCGCUAGUUGUAAUUCUCUUGAGCCUACGCCACUGCUGAGCUCUUUACUUAGCUCACCACAUCCAUCAUUUAGUGAAAACCCUAAAACAAACACUGAUGGAGACAAAGAGGAGGUUACUGUGGCCUUACACAUUGGCCUUCCUGAUGACUCCCAUAGCUGCAUCAAUCCAAAUACUAAAGGUCAUCCGAGUGUAGUAGCCAAGUAUUGGAUACCGACUCCUGAGCAAAUACUCAUCGGCUUUACUCAUUUUUCUUGCCAUGUUUGCUUUAAGACCUUCAACCGCUACAACAAUCUUCAGAUGCACAUGUGGGGUCAUGGAUCACAGUAUCGUAGAGGAUCCGAAUCGCUCAAGGGAACCCAACCACGAGCUGUGUUAGGAAUUCCCUGCUACUGCAGCACAGAAGGGUGCAAGAACAAUAUACAACACCCGAAAGCAAAGCCUCUAAAAGACUUUCGAACAUUGCAAACACAUUACAAGAGAAAGCAUGGACUAAAACCCUUCAUGUGUAGGAAAUGUGGGAAAUUCUUGGCCGUGAAAGGUGACUGGAGAACCCAUGAGAAAAAUUGUGGUAAACGUUGGCUUUGCAUUUGCGGUUCUGACUUUAAGCACAAGAGAUCACUCAAAGAUCACAUUAAAGCAUUUGGUCCUGGCCAUGGCCCUUUUCCUCCAUCAUCAUCAUUUGAUGGGAUUGAGCUAUUUGAUGAUGGCUCUGCUUUUGCUUAAGAUUAUGUCAAGUUCAUGCUAGGCUUAUAUAUAUUAUAUUAGAUGUUCACUUCAGCAUAAUCCGGA